AAACAUUAUAGGGGCUCCCUUGAAUGAUCACACUUACUGCUUGGCUCGGUAGUAAUUCUCUCCAGAGUCAAUAUGGCCAGCCAUGGAAUCCCCCGCUAUAGUGUACAGACCGAGAAGUCCGAAGAAGUUCGCCAACAGGAGCUCCGCAAAAUUGAAAAUUACCGUCAGAUAGAUCAACAGGUUCGAGAGAAGGUGGCGGAGCAUCAAUAUACACCAGAAACCCUGCAGAAAAUAUCCGAGUUGUUGAGCAAAAACCCGGAGUACUACACAGUCUGGAAUCAUCGGCGACGAGUUCUACAGCAUGAAUUCGCACAGGCAGUGGCGAGUUGUGUCGAGGGAUCUGCAUCAGACCGGGUCGCAGCACUGAUCAAGGAUGACCUACAGUUCUUGAUUCCCCUCUUGCGAAGCUUUCCUAAAUGCUAUUGGAUAUGGAACUAUCGCAUGUGGCUUCUUGAGGAAGCCAAGCGACUACUUCCGCUGCCGGUAGCGCGCCGGUUCUGGCAAGAAGAACUCGGGCUUGUUGGCAAAAUGCUUAGCCUCGACAGCAGAAAUUUCCAUGGCUGGGGAUACCGGCGAUUCGUUGUUGAAUCGCUGGAGCAUCUCGCACCGGAAAAAGAAAGCAUGGCACCGGCUGAAUUUGAGUACGCGAAGAAAAUGAUCGGAACUAACCUAUCUAAUUUCUCGGCCUGGCAUUAUCGCACGAAGCUUAUUCAACGGCUGAUGGACGAGAAGUUGGCCAGUGAUGAUGAACGGAAACAGAUGCUUGAUGAUGAACUGGACCUUAUCCACCGGGCUCUAAUCGACCCAUAUGACCAGUCAUUGUGGUUCUAUCACCAAAACCUGAUGUGUACCUUUGAUCCCUCAAUCGCUCAGCAUACCAUGGCCCCGAAUCUGAGUGAUGCCGAGCGGGUGGAAUACCUUCGCAGGGAGAUUGACGAGAUCCAGGAGAUGCUGGAUGGAGCGGAAGACUGCAAAUAUAUCUACCAGGCCCUCAUUGACUACACCUUGUUGGCUACCAAGGUUGAGGGGACGAUGCACAGCGAGGACCAGCAACAGAUCAUGGGCUGGCUGUCGGAGUUGAAGAAGUUGGACCCGCUAAGGCGCGGACGGUGGCUUGACUUUGAACAGCAACUGUGCAGAUGAUAUUGGACCUUGCCUCCCAGCUGUAGAUUCCCGCAUGGCGCAUUUUG